UGUUUGAUUUCGAAUGUUCAACAAGUAAUAAAAUAAUUAGUUUGUUCUUCAGGUUCAUGUGAACCGUGGCUGCUGUUACUGCUUCACUGCGAUGUAGAGCAUCAUUAGACGUUCCCAUUAGGCAGUAUGAGCAAGCUGACAUCCCUGUGGCGGAGUGUGACGGGACCGGGAGAUCCGCUGAGUGAGGAGCAGUUGCGGCACUAUGACCAGCAGCGUUCUGCAUUGUUGAAGCGUACCUCACUGGCAGUGAAACAGAUCCAGCUGGAUUCCUGUAACAUUGAAGGAGAUGAGGUCGGUCAGUCCACCCAGGUCAUCAAGGAUGGAGAUGGCUCCAGCCAGCUGAUGCAUAGCUUUGAGGCCAUCCUGGAACAUGGCCUGAUUGAAGGAGUAUUGUCUUUCGGUGGCAAGCCAAGUUUCUGGCCGCUGAUUGGUCGUGUGUCUCGCAAGCAAGCUGUCCAAUAUUUGUCACGACUACAGCAUGUGACAUCCAGCGCUGCCCGAUGUAGAGCCUGGUUACGACUGGCCGCCAACGAAAGUUCCCUGCAAAGCUACUUCCUGGUGCUGUGCAAUGACAAGGAUUUGCUACGGGAGUUCUAUGAGGGGCACGCAUUCUUGUUAGAUGACGACAAGACGGCUGUUCUGUGUAAUCUACUCAACGGUGUCAACACCAUCUCCUUCAACCUAACGAUAGACGAUGCUGCACUGGAGUUUGGUCCCACUGCGGAUGCAUUACCGGCGGACAAGUUGCGCCUCACUGCCCUGCAGAUGCAGUCCAACAUGGAUACAUCUGGUGAGAAGGCUAAGGUGGAGGUGGAUAACACGGCGAAGGCCGACCAGAGCUUGCUGCAGCAGCUACAGGAUCAGCAUCGUCGCGAAGAGGAGGCAACUCGUCAGCGUGAAGAAGCCCAACGUCUGAAAGAGCUGGAAGCCCUGGAGAAAGAGCGGCGUGCAGAGCAACGUCGGCAAAGAGAGCUUACUCGAGAGCGGGAAGAAGACUUGGAGAAGAAGUUAGCAAAUGCACAAGAGUUGCGGCUGCAGCAGGAACGCUUGUUGAUGCAGCAGCGAGAGCAGCUGGAGAAAAUGCGUCAGGAAGCGAAGGCUGCCAAAGAGGCUGAGCUAUUGUCGGACAGUGGUACUGGUGUGUAUAAGACUUCGGCUUCACCAACAUCGGUGAAAAUGGUGGAUGGCGGCCCUCGGCCACAUCCUAGAUUUGAUGUGAACAUGGAUGAUGAUGAUCAGGAGCUUGUGAAGCCAAAGCGCAAGUCAAAAUCAAAGUCAACCACCAGAUCUGUGAGUGCAUCGACUGUCUCGUCUUCUUCAACUGGACAUGUCAGUGCUGUUACGGGCACUGCUGCUCCGCAAGCGCUGAGUAACACUGAGUAUGGCAGUAGAGAUGUCAAUGGCGGUGCACAGUCCUCUCAGGCCGUGCCCAUUUCAGCCAAUGCCAGUCCACUGCUGGGCGCGUCGUCGUCCUCCCACCGAGGAAUAUCGAGUAGACAAUCGCCCGAGUCUCCACCGCGCAGUCUUGGUACUUGUGCCCACAGUGGUGGAGCUACUGCUACUGCUGCUGCUGCUGCUGCUGCUGCUGCUGGUUCAGAUGGGCAUGGUGUGUAUAGGGAACAAUCUGAGCAGAGUUCUGCCACCAGAGUGGCCAGUGAUCGCUACGAACCACCCCACACUGAUAUCUACGACAAUCAGUACGGCAGUGGCAGUAGCCAGCCUGGAUCCGCAAGGACAAGCAAGCCUGCAUCGCGCGUGGGGAGUGGACGCACAUCUCCCACUCCUGGCAGCGAUCCAGCUGACACUGCUUCACCUCCGCUGCAGCAGCAAUGGCAGCAGCAGCGGCGGCGACAGUCCAGUGGUACCCAGGAAUCACACACUAGCUCGCAGCCUGUAUCCGAGCUAGACAUGCCCAGCAGCAGGGAAGUAUGUAAUGAUGAAAGCACAGAGACACAAGUAAGUGCCGUUACGAACCAUGAUGUAGAUGAUUUGCACGCCACCGCUCGCUCUCUUCUGCUCACGUCGUCAGAAGAACCACUGCACAGAAGCGCUGCUAUCGCCAAUGGUGAGCAAAGUGCGGCCGAUGCGAUCGCGUCGGAUGAGACAAGUGCGAUCACAGCUAGUUCAGACAUGAGCGUCAACGUCACAAGCCCUGCCACCACCACCACCACUACCACUAGUAGUAGUAGUGCCGGUGCAGAAGUCAGUGCCUCUCCUGUCACCGCCGACACGUAUGUAUCAUCAUCAUCAUCGCCAUUGCCUACUGUGACCGGCACCGUGGACGAGAGUCAAGAAGCGUAUGAUGACUUCUUGGCACGUCUUAUGCGCGGCUCAGCUCAACCGGUCGUGAACUCUAGCUCCGAUGAUGAGGAUUACGACCCUAAAGAAGGAGAUAGUCAGGCAGGACACCUGAGUGCUGCUGCUGCUGCAUCGAAGGGUCCACUGUGGUUCGAGGCGUCCGUGCGUAGUGAAGUCCUAGCCAUGUCACCGCCCUCGGCCAUGCACGAUGCCAUUGCCAGGAGUCGCUCUAGGGAAAUCCCCGGCCGUGCCAGCGAGGAGCUGACGGGACUGGAAAGUAUAAUGGGUACGACGGUGGGCAGUUAUGUGUACGUUGACCCGGUUGUUCGUAGUGGUCAGAGGAAACCAACCGUGGGUGCAGCUGCUUCAGAUAGUGCGCUAGUCAACAGACUCCAACCAGGUGCCGCAAUCAAUACAGCUUCUCCAAUUGCCGAGGCAGAGUCGGAUGCAGAAGAUGAAGCAACGGACUCUUCAGCGGACGAUGCCAGUAGCUCGAGCGAAUACAGCGGUUCAGAUGGGGAGGACGAUGACGAGGUGCUCGAGUCUCGAUCGAACGGAAUUCGGAGCGAUGCUAUUCCCGCCACCCCGCAAGCGCCAUCCAGAGGGAACACUUCAAGCUCGGUGACAAGUUUGUCGGGGAGUAACAACACUAUGUCACCACCUGUACUUGUACCUACGAGCAGCGGUCGUUCACAAUGGCAUGGUGUGGAGGAGUCCAGUAUACCGGGCCCAGCGAGUACUACAGAAGGUGGCUCACCGCCGGAAGAGGGCGAAGAGUUCGUCAUGCUCUCUCUGGUCGACGUCAACGAUGACCAUUUUGCGCAGCCAGAGGAACUUGGUGAGCAUGCUACCAUAGCCGAUGUGGAAAUAGCCAUUGAAGUCAAGAAGAAGCGAAUCCAGACCUGCGAGGAGAGCGAGAAGGAAGUGCUCGUUGCCGAGAUCGUUCAGCUCCGUCUCCGCUUGCUGCAGCUUGUGGAAUCAUCAAGCUCCAACGAGCAGCAGAAGCUAAUCCUUGGCCACCGGUUUGUGCGCAAGACCAAGAAGCCUGGCUCUAAGAGCACGUGUGACCGGUGCGGUGCUGUGAUUUGGAGGAUGGUGCAGAUCUGGUACCGCUGUGCAGAAUGCCAUUACAAUUGCCAUGCUAAGUGCUUGGGUGAUGUCAGCCGUUCGUGUGUACAGGAAGGAGUGGACAGAACACCGUUGAUCAAGUCCCGCACGUUCAUCACUGAGAUCUGUCCCGAGCGAGGUCUUGGAGAGCAGCAGUACAUGUGUUUUGAGUGCCGGCGUAGGAUUGCCUUCUCUCCACGUCGUAAUCACUUGGAAGCACGUCUGUGUGACUACACGGGCAAGUACUACUGUCCGUUCUGUCACUGGAACGACACGGCUGUCAUACCGGCACGUGUCAUUCACAACUGGGAUUUUGAGCAUCGCAAGGUAUGUCGCUCCUCUCUGGAAGUGCUCACGCUGACGUCCAAGCGUGCGUGCCUGUCAGUCGGCGAUGUAAACUCCAUGCUCUAUAAUUACGUUGGUGACCUCAGCACUGUCAAGCAACUGCGUGAAGAGAUCCUCAUCAUGAAGGAGUACUUUGUCAAGUGCCCGCAAGCCAGGAAAGAGAAACUGUUGCGACAGCUUGACAAUCGCCAACACUAUGUGGAGACAUCUCACCUGUUCAGUCUCACUGAGUUUCUGGAGCUGAACAAUGGCACCCUACUGCCAUCACUGCAGCAUAUCAGCAGUAACUUCAUCAUGCAUAUCAAAGUGGAUUGUGAGAUCUGUCAAGAGCAAGGCUACACAUGUACGCUGUGCCAUUCCGAGGAGAUGAUCUUUCACUUUGACAGCCACUGCACAACGUGUAGCAAGUGCAACACUCUCUAUCACAGGGCAUGCUUCCAAAACGGCACCAGAUGCCAGAAAUGCAACAAGGAGAACACUAGGUGAUUGUGCAAUGAUUGCGCAAUGGUACGCCUAGUCUGUUUCUCCAGGGUGGUGGCUUUUGGAGCUCGGAGCAUUCGCAACCAUGCACGCCACGCUGUCAUAUUGUGCAUACCAAGUCUUUACUCUAAUGUUGAAUUCCGGCGCAUGACUUCAUGGAGAAAACAAAUAUUUCCAGCUUUCCAGCUCAAAUUUCAGAUAACAUGUUUAAAAAAGUACAAAACCUAAUUUGACUUUUUCUCACGAAAUAUUCUUUGCUACGAAAGCAUCGCUAGAAUCCCCAUGAAAACAUUGCAACUUUGCCACGAAAGGUUGCGCAUUAUAAAUAUAGCAGCGGCCGGUGGACAUAAAAUACUAGUGAUUCAAAUCUCCCUCAUCCAGUUCAACUUCUUAUCAACUCAACGCUUAUUUUUAUAACCCCACGAGAUUUUGCACGCUCAUGUUAUGUGUCACUUUUUUUAACUUUUUUUCUAGCAUUUCUCUACACUUUUAGGCUGAUUUUAGGCUUUCUACUCCUCGCUAUAUUAAUGCUUAUCAUUUGCCAGUUUGCUGGCUACGUGAAGUAGGCAGCGGAAGUCAUUGGCUAUGUCCGGAAACAUGGAA